GAUAGGAUCCCUAAACCUCAGCUCAGACUCUCAGUCCUCUGAAAAGCCUGCUCAGGUACCAGCCAUGCUGGCAGCAGCGGGCUCCCUGGUGGCCACGAUCUGGGCAGCGCUCCAUCUCCGGACUCUGUUGCUGGCUGCUGUCACCUUCCUGUUCCUGGCCGAUUACCUCAAAAGCCGGCGCCCCAAGAACUACCCUCCAGGGCCGCCUCGCCUGCCCUUCGUGGGCUGCUUUUUCCAGUUGGACUUUAAGGAGCCACAUCUUGCAGUUCAGCGGUUUGUGAAGAAGUAUGGGAACGUUAUCAGUCUGGAUUUUGGAGUCAUGUCUUCAGUGCUUAUAAGCAGCUUGCCUUUAAUCAAAGAAGCCUUUACUAACCUGGAUGAAAACCUUAUAAAUCGCCCUAUAUUACCACUACAAAAACAUAUCUUUAAUGGAAAUGGAUUGAUCUUUUCCAGUGGCCGGAUAUGGAAGGAGCAAAGAAGGUUUGCCCUAAUGACUCUGAGGAACUUUGGGUUAGGAAAGAAGAGCUUAGAACAGCGCAUACAGGAGGAGGCUCACCACCUUGUGGAGGUCAUGGGAGAGGAGGGAGGACAGCCUUUUGACCCUCACUUCAGUAUCAACAAUGCAGUUUCCAACAUCAUUUGCUCCAUCACCUUUGGGGAACGAUUUGAGUAUGAUGACAGUCAGUUUCAGAAGCUGCUGAAGUUACUGGAUGAUGCCAUGUAUUUGGGUUCCUCAGUAAUGGUCAAUCUCUACAACAUCUUCCCAUGGAUAAUAAAAUAUCUCCCAGGACAACACCAAACACUGUUGGCUACCUGGAAAGACCUAAAAUCGUAUAUUUCUGAUAUAAUUGGCAAUCACCGCAAAGACUGGAACCCUGAUGAACCGAGAGACUUCAUUGAUGCUUUCCUCAAUGAAAUGACAAAGCACCCAGACAAGACUACUACAAGUUUCAAUGAAGAAACCCUCAUCUGCAGCACUCUGGAUCUGUUCCUUGCGGGAACAGAGACAACAUCCACGACACUGCGCUGGGCAAUGCUCUACAUGGCCCUCUACCCAGAAGUCCAAGAAAAAGUACAGGCUGAGAUUGACAGAGUGAUUGGCCAAGGAAGAUUGCCCUGCCUGGUUGACCGGGACACCAUGCCCUACACCAAUGCUGUUGUCCAUGAGGUGCAGAGAAUGGGCAAUAUCGUUCCUUUGAAUGUUCCCAGGGAAGUGGCAGUUGACACUACACUGGCCAGAUUCCGCUUGCCGAAAGGCUCCAUGGUCCUGACCAAUUUUACUGCACUGCACAUGGACCCCAAAGAGUGGGCAACCCCCGAUGUCUUCAAUCCAGAGCACUUUUUGGAGAAUGGACAGUUUAAGAAGAGAGAAUCUUUUCUGCCAUUCUCAAUGGGAAAGCGAGCUUGCCUUGGAGAACAAUUGGCCAGGUCUGAGCUCUUUAUUUUCUUCACUGCCCUUGUGCAAAAAUUUACCUUCAAGCCUCCAGCCAAUGAGAAGCUGACCCUGAAGUUCAGAUUUGGCAUCACUAUUUCCCCAGUCAGCCACCACAUCUGUGCUGUCCCUAGACUGUAAUGUCAGAGAAGGAAAGAGGAAGGAGAGCAUGAAGACCUGAGGAAUGCACUGAGCCAUUGGGGCUGCUCAUAUAUGCAGGGAGAGAAAGAAGGUGGCUGAGGAAAGAUGGGAGGACUAGGCUAAGGUCAGGAGAUCCGUAUCCUGAACUGCUGUGGCCUCCAGAUUGGUAGUAGCUUGAUCACUUAUGUGCUCAAUGAUAAAGCUUUUCAUCUACGAGUUGCAAAUAGAAUGAUGCUUCUUCCUGUAAAGAAAGUGCUUAUAAACACAAAAUGAUGGGAUAAAAACAGCAUGGAAAUGGCCACGUCAUAAAAUUGUACCUUCAAUUUUCUUUCUGUCUACUUCAUAAAUGUUCAUUUGCUUCUGGAUAUUAAAUUGGUUCAUUUGAAAGUGA